CACGCCGCCAGAACUGUAAUACACUGUAUAGAGACAAACGGCAGCGCUAAAGCGUGUCUUAACCGAUACUCGAUCCAUCGACAGUCACUUAAGGUAUCUUUAAAUAGGAAAGGUAGGUCUACUUCUUUACUCUUCAACUUGGUUAGCGCUAUCACAUCAAUUCAAACCUUACGAAAAGGCUCGCUGUGAUACAGUGAACCAUACGCUAGGACUCAAAGCUGCCGAAGCUGGCUGCAAAUGUAGAUCGCUGCGCGAACCGAACGAUUACACAGGGUUUGUCUGCCGAGAAAUGAGUUAAAGGGACGGUCAUAUCAAAGGUAUUUUUAACGAUAAGGAAGGUGUGGUAUAUCUUCCUUCGAGAUAUUCUCACAAAUGUUCUCAAGCCAGUUCAACAUGUAGAUUUCCGCAUUCCUGCAUGCGUAUUUAAAUCAGAAGGGAAUUCACACGCUUGAAUUCGAUGUAAAUGUCUUCCAAGCGAUUUUGUCCAUGCAAAAAUAUUUCAACCUCACCAAAUACAGAAAAGUUAUCGUAAAAAAUUUAUUGUUCAUUACGAAUGCAGAUUUGAAUUUAUAACAGGCUACGGCAUGCCCAGCAACGACUGACGGAUCUUAGUUUUCACAUGACGUUACCAAAAUUCAAACUAAGAAACUAUCGCUUCUUCUGAGUUUCUACUUUCGUGUGAUACUAGAGCACCUUAAAACCUUUAUACAAACAAAUUUUCGGUUCAAAAGGGUUCUUUGUUUUGCGAUACAGGACGUGUGAAUUUCCAGCCUAUCGCGCGACGCGCGCAGCAUUUAGCUGGCGGCCGAGAAAGCUCUUAUGUGGGUCAAAAACAUUACGGAUUUUUGGAGAUUUUGCUAUCUAAACAUUCCCUGUCUUAGAAUAAAUAUUACUUUAAUCUUUAUGAGUUCCUCAUAUAUUUAUCUUCUUUCAUUUCCCAGAUUCUAGACUUUCUGUAUUGAAAGAUUUCCAUUUCUAUUUCUGCUUUCUCACGUGAGUGAAAACCGAGAAUUCAACUUUCGAAUAAUAAGUUCAUUAAUGGAAUAUUGGGGGGGUACACUUGACCUUCCUGGGCUGUAAAAAAAUGUAAACAUUCUAUGUCGCAAAAACGAUAUGCUCAUAUUUCAUAUGAAUUUAUGCACACUAACGUUAACAAUGAAAUGUAAACAGUUCACAUGCAACGACAUUUGGUUAAGUAUUUGCAGGGUUGCAGGAAUGUCAGGGAAGUUUGCAAAAAGUCAGGGAGAAUCUAUGUCCAGUCAAAUACUGUGACGGAAAGGAAAUUUCAUUUCAAAAUAAAGUCAGUUGUCACAGAGUCACGAGGAUCACAUAUAAACGCCUUUCUUCUCCCGAAAACAACUCUAUAGUCGAUCGAGUUUUACAAUCCAAAUACCGUGAAAAUCAUAAGGUGAUAGAAAAGAAAACAGUAGCUUAUAUGUUCCUAAAGAAGAAUAUUCUUCGACUGCAAAAAGAGGAGAAAAAAUAUAUGAGAGUUAACUUAUAUGAAAAGCCAAGAAUUUUUUUGUUCUCGUGCAAUGUCUCAACGCUGUAUAGAAUUUUUCUCAGUGGAUUGGUCUUGUGUUGUUCCUAGGAUGAAUUUAAAGAUAAAACAAAAACGUAACCUAUUGAUUUUAAUUUGUUUUUAGGUUCAGAAGACUGACCAUGACAGCUCUAGCUCCAGUUCGUCUCUCGUGGAUCCGCGCAUCUUUCUACAGAUUUCCUACGUUCCGUUUCUCCCUGCCAAGAGCACAUUUAGUUCAUAAUAAGACCAGAAACUUGUUUUCAACAGAUACUUUCAAACCGCUACCAAGAGAAGAAAUGCUUACAAAAUUUAAGUCAAGAAUAAAAGGCCGACCAUCCAUGGCAGGUUCAACCGGGGAAGGAUUCCCAGAAUUCCUUGCAGAGCCAAGAGAAUCAUUCCCGCAUGGUGUGCUCGUUACCAAUCCCCAGCAAUCCUCACUCGCUCAGCUGACUGCAAAAUGUAUGGAAUAUGUGGAAGAAAAUCUCAUACAGCAUCCCGCUAUUUUAUUUCGCAAUCUCCCAGCCCAAACCGAGGAGGACUUCUCUAUCAUUGCGCGGGAAAUUCCAGGAAAAGCCUUGACUUAUGAGGGAGGGGCUUCUUUUCGUCAAAGAAUGGACACGAAUAUAGGAACAUACAUCUCUAACAACGAUCCAGAUGAGAUGUCGAUAGAUCCACACAAUGAAUUGUCAUACAGUAGUGUAUACCCAUCCAAGGUAAGCUAUACUAACAUUCAAGGCAGUUGAAGUUACCUAAAUAAUCAUCUAUCAUCUAAAUGUACAACGGAAAUAAUAAUUAUUAAACAACAAAAUAAAAAUAAUAAUUAUUAUAAACUAGUACUCAGUAAUAACCAAAGGUUACGGAGUACGGGCGAAAACGAUCGAAGGUCAAAACGCUUUUGCUCAAACGCUGUGGUUUGCAUAAGUUGCGCGUGAUAGAUGGUCAAAACGUGCGUGAUCAGAUUGCGAGUGAUGGAUAGUUCAAAUGCGAGUGAUCAAAUUGCGUUCUGUGCAUUCCAUUCAUUCUUAUUGGAAGUGCAAACGAAGGUAUACAUGCGACGCAUGCGUAAUAACAACCUGGAGAUUAGGAUUGCGGGCUCCUCUUGUCGCCCGCAAUUCUGUCUCCACGUAAAAAUAGAGAUAAAAAUAAAACUAAACGAUAAAAUCUACAUCUACAUUUAUUUCUUCGGUAAAAUGUUUUGCUCUCGAUCUCCACCCCCAGGUUUUCUUCUUUUGUGUCAAAGAACCCGCUGAUGGCUGCGGAGGUGAAACAACGCUGGUCAAAAAUAGUGACCUUCUCUCUUCACUGGAUCCUGAUAUCGUGAGGAGAUUUGAAGAGAAACAGCUGCGAUACGUGUGCUGUUUGCCUGAUAAAUCCAACGCAGAAUACAUGAACUGGCAGCACUCUUUUUACACUGACAACAGAGAGGUAGACGAUAUAUUUUGUUUUAAAUUCCAUUUCACGGCCGGACGUACAAGAAAUGUAUUUUUCUACUCUUAUCAGUCUUCUCACGAACAAGGGGGACAAAUUUGUUAAAGAUGUAAACUUCGCUGUUAAGAGCAUUAACAUGAAGGAAAUACUUUAAUUCCUAUUAUGACUAAAUGACUGAGGGCUAAACUAAGCAGAAGGUAGAAUCUUGAUUAAUAAUGCCAAGAACAAUUUCGUCUUUUGAGAGAGAGAUUCUUGAGUUCACCACGCACGUGGCCCAGUCUAAAAACUCUUUUCAGAACGAAGUGGCUUGCGUGAAUUCAGUGAAAAGGUGUACAAAGGUGUGAUCCAUUGGACAAAAGGGGCAGAAUGGAGAGUCUUCUUUUUUCAUUUGAAGCAAUAUACUUUUAGUGCGCAGGAUAUUGUGGAUAAUUUCAAGGUGAAAAAUUGAUAGCUUUACCUCUAUAGUUACAGGAGUUACCUAAAAUGGCCUUGGAAGCGACAUGCUGGUUAUUGUAACCUGUUUGUUUAAAGUUUCUUAGUUUGUAAGCUGUCUUUCACUGUUUGCAUUAUGUAUGUAACAAUAAUUUAUUUUUUAUAAGAAUAUUAUUUAUUGUACUGAAGUGUGAUGCGAGGAAUACUUGAAUAAUUUGAAAAAAAAAGAAGACAACAGAAAGCAGAGUUUGCGAUAGCCUCUCUCGCGCACCUAAAAGUUCGCGAAUGCCCGCAAGGUGCUGCUAAUCACUGAAGCGUACUUACAUACAGUCCUGAAACUGACUAGAUUAGCUAUAAGAACCAAAUAGAAUCCAGAAUUCAAUCAAAUAAAUGGAGAAUCCACAGUUCAAACAUUUGUAACCGCUGCCAAAUUGAGUGAAACAUGAAAAUAACUGCUCAAAACAUUAGAAGAAGGUUUAAAUAACAAAGAAAAUACAUAAGAAGGCACUGAGAUAGACAAACUUUGAAGAAGAUUAAAUCGGACUGGAAUUGUAGUUCUUGAAACCUCGUUAGCCUAACAGUUUUUCAAACUUCACGUUUGUUAUGUGUAGUGCUGGAAACAAUGCUUUGAACACAAAAUCAUUUGUUUUACAUUUAGCUGUGAUUUUGUUAGUAACAAGAAGUUUCUUCACUAACGUUGUGUUCCAUAGAAAACAAGGGUCACGCGUAAUUGAAAAUAUUGAAAAAAUGAAUAGCUCCUUUAAUUUUCAUUUCCUUUUUGUAAAUGUCUCAUAGGUUGUGGAAACCAUAGCAAAAGAGCAAGGCAGGAAUUUCACCUGGGACCCUAGCGGUGAUUUGUACCUAUGGCAAAACAGGCCUGCCUUUAUACAUCACCCAGUCACUAGAAAGAAAACUUGGUUCAAUCAAGCUACGACACACCAUUGUUCCUAUUACCGGACAAGCCAAGGAGACAAGAUCCCAGAUAAUAAAUAUCCAGGCCACUCGUUUUAUGGUGAUGGGAGCGAUAUCGAGCCCGCAGUAAUACAGCACUUACUCGCCACUGCCUGGUCAUGCGCAGUAGGGUUCAAGUGGAGAAAGGGAGACCUCUUGGUGCUCGACAACUUGUCUGUACUGCAUGGAAGGCUUGGAUUUGAAGGGGAAAGAAAGGUUUUGCUCUAUAUGAUCAAGUGAUAGAAUAUAUAUUUGGAAGUCAAAUGCGAGAUUAAUAGGCCACUUCCGAGUUCCAAAAACCCUCACUUUGAAAAUGAGGCUAGGUGCACAACCUUUUCAGUGUGAAAAUGAGUUUUAUUUGCACGAGAAUGAAAAAUGAUUUCCAUAUCAAAGGCUGAGCACCUACCCUCGUUUUGAAACAGAGGCCCAGGGGAACUCGGAAACGGCCUGUUAUAUCCUUUACCUCACAUCGACAAAACGUGCAAGCUAGCUCUGCACUUAAGAAAAGAUUGACGUGAAGAUUCAGUAAUCUACCCUAAAAGAAAUUGCUCUUUCUGCUCAGAGAACGGUUGAAUAAGAAACUCAGACUACCAAAAAAGGGUCUUUUUUGUUAUUUGGCUCCUUUCAACAAUCAAACGAUUAAAACAUUGAAAUUUUGUUCAAAGUUCAACAAUUUAAAAAGGAGUCUGAACGCUUUGGUUUUUUCUUUGGUUUGUUUGUUUGUCAUCUACCAAUCAUAAUGUAAGGAGAGAUUUUCCAUGAAUUCUUUAUUUGCCUCAAAUUUCAUGUAUAGAUUUCAAAUAUUCGCUUUGACAUUGUUCUUAGUCAUUCAUACCGAAUUUGCAAAAGGGCUCGUGCCAUUUUUAUUAUCCUUUGUUUCAUUUGCUGUGUGUUCGCAAGGUAAUAAUCAUAGAAACGCCAACAGUGUUCCUUAACAAACAAAGCUAAUUGCUCGUUCUCUUUUAUACACAUUUUACGUCAAUGUUGACUCUUGAAAGAAUACUUAAUUUCUUAAUAAUGGUUUAUUUGACUUUAGUCUGUUUUUUCGUGAUUUUACUACCGGACGACAUUUAUUCAUAGUAACGACUAUUUGCGAAAAUAUAUUUCAUUAAGUUGUUAGUUAAAGAGAUGUGAUAACCGAAUUUUGAAUAUGAAAGGUUUUGCGGUCUUGCAAUUUUAAAAAUAGAUCGGUUUUUGUUUAAGGUGAAAACUUCCAAUUAGUCUGCGCUUUUCCUGUUUAAACAGCCGAUAGCUGAACUUGCAAUUUAAUUCAUAAUUGUAACACUUUGUACGUAAACGCUGUUUUGCUGACCUGGCUAGGUCUUAGCCUGCGCGCAGACGAAAUUAAACUCUGGUUAACUCCGUCUGCGAAACAGCGCCGAAAUCCUUGCUCUGGACUUCCAGCUGUGUACCCAGAUUUGAGUACGCGCCACGAUUGGCCAGUUAAAAAAGGCCUUUGUUUUGUUUGUCGUGAUCGCCAAUCAGGUUGAAGGGAAAUUCGAAACCCACUUCCGGUAAUUCGUUGAGUCCGUCGGGGGUUCAGAACAAGGAUCUCUGCGCUGCUUCGCAGACGGUACUAAUCAGAGCUUAGUUAUCGUCUGCACGCAGGCUAGCUAGGUCUUUGUCUCAGUACUUUUACUUUCUAAAAUAGCAACAGUAACAAAAGAUUUCAGGUUAAAAAUAGAAUUUGUAUUUAGUUGUCAUUUAACUCUAAAUGAUUUCUGUUUAUAUUUCUAUUGUAUUCUUUUGUCUUCAAUGGUUGUAAAAAUCAUAUAUAAGUAAGUUAGUUUUAAGUGAUUGUCGAUUAUUUUGCCGUGUCCCAGCCGAGGUUUUGCUGUUUGAUCCGCUGAAGAAUAAACGCUGUAUCUAUG